GGUCCGGAGUCCGCCGAGAACGGUGACGUGUGCCCCCGUCCGCGCCGGUACAGCGCAGCAGUACACGAGGGACUGCGGAGGGGCUCCAGAGAGUGAGACGAGGAGCUGUGUGACACAAGAGGUUUGCGAGUCUUCGGAGAGACGACCGUCGAUCGGAGGAGCAAAAAGAGGCAUCCCGUGGAGCAAUCAAAAUGGCUUCGGCUAGCUGCUCAGGAAUCAAAUGGUUCAGCUUGUGAGAGGUAAAACAUUGCUGGUGUUUGAAGCGACGGAGAGACGACCAGCAGAAACAAGAAAACCCGAAAACACGUCGAGGCCUCAAAAGUCGAAACUAAACGACUGAUACUUCGACACGAAAAUUGACCAAAGGGAAUCGCAGGUCCAAGUGUCCUUGACGCUUCUCUGAGAAAACCUGCGCUACCGUUUCGGGCCGGCCUAGUAUUGAAACGCCAGCGCAACUGACCGUCCGGCUCCAUUCGGCCCUGGGAAGCAUCACAGUCUCCAAUCGCUGCAAUUUAGCCUGCACGAGGAAACCAUCGCAGUACGUGGGACUCAAUUGGGCUUUUGAAGUCAUUGCAGCGCCCAAACAAGCUCAACUAUGACUGGCAGCAUAAAGCCCCAUCAGACCGACAGUCUGGAAAUGACUGCGGUUCACGAGUCGGAAGUUGCCAAACGGGAAGAGCCAUCACAAGAAGAAACGUUCGACGACCUGCUUGAAUUGGCUGGUGGAGGCGGGCGUUUCCAACUGCUCCUGGUUUUUGCUACAUCUCUGGGCGCCCUCACAGCCGCCAUCGACACCUUCUGCAUCGUUUUCAAAGUCGACUCUCCUGACCACUGGUGUGUGCGUGACGCCGCCAACAACUCGCUCUCGUGUGUGCCCACCGAGGCCGGCUGUGAGGCCGAGUCGUGUUUCGUGCCCGGCUCCAACGCCACGGCCGGCCCGCGUCCUGCCUGUGUACAGUGGCAGUUUGACCACAGCGUCUACCAGUCCACGGUGGUGACUGACUUUGAGCUGGUGUGCGACCGCUCCGACCUGCGCUCGAUGGUGUUUACUGUGCAGAUGCUGGCGGCUCUGGUGGCCGCGCCGCUGUUUGGUGUUCUGGGAGACUGGUACGGCCGGGCGCGUGGCGCCGCCGUCACCGUGAUUCUGUUCACCGUGUUCGCACCACUGAUGGCCGCAGCGACCAGCCUGUGGACGCUGCUGGUGGGAGCGGCGGCCACCGCCGCCACCCACACCGGCCUCUACAUCUGCCUGUUCACGCUGUGCAUGGAGUCGGUGGGCGAGCGGCAUCGCUCGGUGGCCGGCCUCGUCUGGGUGCUGCCCUGGGCCGCCGGCAUCAUGCUGACGGCCGCCGCUGGCUGGCUGCUCCGCUCCUGGUGGCAGCUACAGCUGGUGUGCGCAGCCGCCGGCCUGCUGCUGCUGCCCGGCGUCUGGCUGCUGCCCGAGUCGCCACGAUGGCUGGCGGCGCACGGACGCACCGAGCGGGCCGCCGCCGGCCUGCGCCAGAUCGCCGCCGUCAACGGGCGCGCGCUGCCGGCCGACGUGGCCGAGCGGCUGCGGCGGCUGUCGCUGGCGCCGCCGGCCGAAGACACCAGCCGUUGUCGGGAGGCGCUGCUGCUCUUCAGCUCGCGCCGCAUGUGCUGCCUCUCGCUGGCCACCAUCUGGCUCUGGGUGGUCAUGGCCGUCGUCUACUACGGCAUCGCGUUCGACGCGGCGCAGCUGGCCGACAACGCCUACCUGGCCAUGUUGCUCUCCGGUCUGGUGGAGGUGCCCUCGAUGGCCGCCGUGCCGCUCAUAGACCGGCUGGGCCGCCGGCCCGUCAUGGCGGCCACCUACCUGCUGACGGGCGCGGCCAUCUUGCCGGUACCGGCCGUGCCCCCCGGCUGGCCGGUGCUGCUGCUCGGCAUGCUGGGCAAGCUGGCGAUCGGCGCCGGCUUCGGCGUCAUCUACGUCCACCUGGAGGAGUACAUGCCGACCGAGGUGCGCAACGCGGCGCUGGGUCUGUCCACGAUGGCCGAGUCGGUAGGCGGCGCGCUGAGUCCGCACGUGGCCUACGGCCUGGGCGGCUGGCACUGGGCGGCGCCCAGCGUGGUGUUCGGCGUGCUGGCCGUGUCGGCCGGCCUGGUGACGCUGCUCGUGCUGCCCGAGACGGCCGGCCGGCCGCUGCCGGAGACCGUCAGAGACGUCCAGAAAACACGGUGACGACGGUCUCGAAUACGAAGAGGCGGUGCGUGAUGCAUGAGAAAUCUAGCUUUGUGAAGAUAUGUACUCGAUCUGAGUGAAGUUGUGUAAAUGGCUUGACCAAACUCGAUCAAUUAAUAUAUGAGGGCCAUAAGACAAAUAAGAAGCUACUCAAAGGAGCGCUUCUUCUCAAACCAGCAACUUGUAUUGUUAGCAGGACAGAAUCAAAUCAGCAUUGCAAAACUAUUAUUGUUUUGGCCGUGUCAAGAUUUUCAAACGACGUUGUCAGUGACUUUAGUGUUCCGAUUCGUUUGGUGAUGAAGAACAUGUGGACUUCAAUUCUUAGUGUUUGAUCAAUGUUGUUAUAUAUGGGGUAUGGCAUCAACAAUAGAAACUUCCUACAUGGAAAAGAGGUCCUUUCUUGUGCCGAUAGUGGGUUUUUAGAAGUACGCCGCCACGGCCAUUAAAAUAUGAGGAGUGCACUUACCUUUGAAAUCCAAUAUUUGUCACAGAUUUUGUUAAUCAUCUGUCAAUCAGUGAAGUGCACGAUAUGCGUAAAAUACCGAAGCUAUCAUUGGUGGCACUGGCAAACAUACUUGGAAGUUUGCCAAUGAUACUUUUUUCUUUAGCGCACACGUAAUUGAAGCCAGCAUAAGGAAGCUGGCUAGGACGUUUGUUUUUGUACAUCGUUUUGUUUUCGUAAGUGCUUCAGCGCAUGCAUACCUGGUAACUAUCAAGCGCCCGGAAAACUGGUUGGGAGGUGCCGAACGUGGCACCCUAAAUGUGUGUAAAUAAUGGGUUCUACUCCUUACACACUCACAGCUCGUGCGACGCACGCCUCAGCGGGCGGUUAUUGGGUGUUCUAUAAAUAAACGGCACUCU